CUCGCUGUUUCCCCGUUCACGACGGCUUGACGCUGGUGCGCCCAGGCCCAGUCAAAACAAUGCAGCUUAGCGGGCCUGCCGCGUUUAGCUUAGCUUUAAAUAUUCAACACAUUUUUAACCGAUAACUUCGUCGUAAAGUGAAUUCACCGCCUGGCGUUUGAGUUCGGCGAGGUUCAGCCCGCGGUUAAUCGUGUCCGCGGCGCGUUUGGGGGCUUUUUGUACUCGGUUGGAAAAUGGAGACGGCUAGCAGGCGUCUGCUGCUCGGUAGCCCGCGAGCGGCGGUUGGGAGCGGCUGAGCACGCGACAGCAGGGACGGUCAGAGGCGGCAGAGGGCGGACACGCAGUGGGCGUCGAAGUUAAACAGCAAAGGCGGACUGAAUAACCUCCUGCUCGGUCGGACCGGUAGCAUGGUGGAGUAGGCUCUCCGCGGUGUUGACGAUAUCGGGCCUCUCCGACCGUCGGACGGUUCGCGCUCACCGGGGGGGGGUGGAGGAUCACCAUGGCCCCGGGCUCUCUGGUGGCGGCCUGCCGCAGCCUGGCCCUCUCUACGUGGCUGCUCUCCUUCUGCUUCGUCCACCUGCUGUGCCUGGACUUCACCGUGGCCGAGCGGGAGGAGUGGUACACCGCCUUCGUCAACAUCACCUACGUGGACCCGGCCACCUCGGAGCUGCGCACCGAGAAGACGGAGUGCGGUCGGUACGGGGAGCACUCGCCGAAGCGGGACGCCAAGGGGGUGGUGGUGCUGCCCGCCGCCCCGCACGACCGCCAGGCCUGCGACCCCAACACCCGGUUCGCGAUGCCCGCGCAGGCCGGGGCCUGGGUGGCGCUGAUAGCCCACGGCAACUGCACCUACAAGGACAAGAUCCGCCACGCCGCAGACCACAACGCCUCGGCGGUGGUCAUCUUCAACGUGGGGUCGGCUAAUGCUAACGACACCAUCACGAUGCCUCACCUGGGUACAGGUGAGGUGGUCGCCAUCAUGAUCCCGGAGCCGAAAGGCCGCGAGGUGGCGUCGCUGCUGGAGCGUAAUGUGACGGUCACCAUGACGAUCACCAUCGGGACGAGGAACCUGCAGAAAUACGUGAGCAGGACGUCGGUGGUGUUCGUGUCCAUCUCCUUCAUCGUGCUGAUGAUCAUCUCGCUCGCCUGGCUCGUCUUCUACUACAUCCAGAGGUUCAGAUACGCCAACGCACGAGACAGGAACCAGCGCCGUCUCGGCGACGCGGCGAAGAAGGCCAUCAGUAAGCUGCAGGUUCGCACCAUCAGGAAGGGCGACCAGGAGACGGAGGCCGACUUCGACAACUGUGCCGUCUGCAUCGAGGGCUACAAGGCCAACGACGUGGUCCGCAUACUGCCCUGCAGACAUUUGUUCCAUAAGAGCUGCGUGGAUCCGUGGCUGCUGGAUCAUCGCACGUGUCCCAUGUGCAAGAUGAACAUCCUCAAAGCCCUGGGCAUCGCUCUGAACGCAGAUUGCUUGGACGACCUGCCGCUGGACUACGACCUAGCCCUCGGCGGUGUGGGUGGGGGUGGGGUGGGCGGAGUCGGGGCCCUGGCCCUGGAGGCCGUGGUGUCCGGGGCGUCCAGCGACGGCACGCUGAGCGAGGGCGGCUCCUCGGUGGUGCUGGACCCCGGUGUGCGACGGGUGGGGCUGCCGCAGGACUACCAGGACCCCGACACCCUGAGAGACAGCCCUCUGACGGCCACCACCGACACACACACAGGUGACGCACACACAGGUGAGCUACAGCCAAUGGCGAGCAGCGCCUCAGUGGCAUCCCUGGUCAUCACCGUGGAAACGGGUCUCUCAGACGAGGAGGGGUCCAUGGAACAGUCUCAGCUGGCGGACAAGUCCUGAGAGGAGCCUCAAAGAGCCAAACCAGAACCCGGGUCAGAACGGUCUCCGAUCAGGUUCAGGUUUUUAACAGACUUCAGUGGACCUGGAGGUCUGGAGAACGACCUGACUGAAACCAGAUCUGAACCAACCCUGAGUUUGACCCUGGGUUUUUUCUCUUUGGACCUGUGUGAUACAAAACUUAGCUGAACCAAACCAGCUGGGACCCCAGGUGGACUCGAGCCUAGCUAGAACCAGGGUCUAGACUUUGUUUUGACAUAGUGUUGAAUAAACGUGUGUGUGUGUGUGUGUGUGUGUGUGUGUGUGUGUUGGUUUUGAUCUGGACUCAAAGGACACUGACUGACCUGGUUUGGCUUUAUUUUUAGUCUCCUCUUGGACACUUGGGGAGGUUGGACCCAGGACCUAACCUGGGCUAACACGGGUGUUAUCCAGUGUGCUUACCUUGGUCUUACCCCAACCUCUCCUCGCUUUAACCAGGUGUUUUUCCAACGCUAAGCUGGGAUAUAACUCGGUCUCCCUGUCUGUCGUCGCUUCGUGCAGAUGUCUUAAUCAACCCACAUUUGCCUCAGUUCGUGCUGAUGCUAGAAACGGACUACCCAACUUAUUUCUUGGACCCACCCAUCUGUCAUUAAUCCUGACAAACGUCCACGGAGACAGAAAGAAGUUCAAAUAUAAAUCCAGUCCUUCAUUUCAAAUAUUGUGCAACCUCUCUCGACGUUUGUCUCCUGACUUGAUGGACUUUCGAAGGGCGGAUGGGAUUCUCCGCAGGACACGUUUAUACUCGGAGAACACGAGGAUGAUCUCAAACUCGCCUCGGUACUCGCGCGAAACAGAGUUUGAACCUGAGAAAGUCGGCUGCCAAAAGAGGAAACGCUCUUCAAAGGUCGCUGUUGUCCUGCAUCCGCAAAUCUGGAGGAUCUUGACGACAGCACGAGAACUCUAAACACCAGGUCGUGUGUUUUUUAAAAAGCGUCGGGUGAGCGAUCCAGGCCAGGAAUCUAGAUCUACCUGCGUGUGUCUACCUGUUGUACUUCAGUAAGGACUGCUCUUGUCGCUGCACCUUUUUGUGGGAUAUUCUGUUACCUGGUUUUUCCAGGCAGAGAGGCACAAAAAACUGUAUCGGGGCUGCUCGCUUCCUGUCCUGGUCUGGAUUCUUGGAUUCUCUGGUUUUAUUUAGCUCAUUUUGAUUUGUCUGCGCCGACGUGCCAGGCGCUGUUUCUUGAUGUGUGCGACGUCUGCAGUGACUGACUGGAAGAGUUUUAUUUUGAAAGGACAUACCAGCUACACUGGGCAGAUGAUUCGGUUUAUUUCUUCUUCUGAUGUUCUGCUAAAACGGCGGACUCCUCGCGGCAGUAUUACAGCUACAGUAUUGAAUAGCAACUACACAGUGUUUUGUUUUUUCUCUCUUUGCUGUAUAAUUCGAGGCUCUUUUAUCUUUACAGUACUCCGACAGUAUUUGGUUUGGAUGCUUUCUGUCCUCGGCUGUGGUUCCUAACAGGGUUCCUAUGUGCGUCUGGAAAACUGACGACAAUUAGAAAUGCUCUUGAAUGUUUGCAGGGCUGUACAGAAGAUUAUAAGGUGUAUAAGUGGUUGAUAAAGUGUCUACUUUCACUACAACAAAUAAUGUAGAAGUAAAAGGUGUGAAAUUAGUGACAAAUCUUGCAGCUUGGGUCUCAAAACAUACGGAUCGUUCGGAGAAAAUAGUUACGAGAGAAAUGCUUCACCACCACCUAUUCUCUUUUAAAUAGUUUCUCUGUUUAUACGACUAAAAAAAAACAUCCGUAACGCUCGGCAGACACUGCAUGUUUUCAUUGAUCUUUUGUUAACUCGCGUCACCCGAUUUUAAUCGGCUCACACUGUACGAACCAACUGGCCGUCCGCGACCUGGAGCUCACGCUGAAGUUAACAGCAACCCCCAGUCGGUUUCAUCCAGUGACGAUUCAAAUAAAGUUCAUUCAAACAAGACGACAGUGUCCUCAAUAAUGCUGACAAAAAAAGAGACAGAGGCAGCGUUACUUUGUGCAAUUCUACUACGAACGAAGAGCCAAAGCCGGAAGAUGCAGACAGUCUGAUCUGUUUUAGCCACAGCGUGUAAAAUACUCCGGUAAUAUUAAAACAAGCUCGGUUCUGUUUAUAACGGAUGUUUUGACAGCAGCCAUGUUGUUGAAAUUGGACCACGGAGCUGCUCAAACUGCGAGACAGCCGGCAGUUUCUGACAUACCAUCCGAUUGUCUGAGAGCCAGAACGUUCAUGCAGUUAAUCGUUCGAGAGUGAGGGUUGAUCAAUUUGGGGUUAAAUUAAUUUGGGGCCUUAAUCCGUGCAGUGUCUGCCUGGCCUGGAGAGGAUGGAAAGACUCUCCUCAUCAGUUUUGCGUCAUGGCCGUCUCUCCUAGUCGUAACGUUCGGCAAACGUCGUCCUCCGUUAAAAUGCCAUGUAGGAACCCUGUCCGUAGUGUUGUUUUGUUUUUCUGUCCGUCCAUCUGUCCGCCACCGCGGCCUCAUGCUGCCUUUUUAAAAUAUUUACCUUUAACCCUGACAAUCAAGGAUCUUUUACUUGCUAGUCGGGGAUCUUUUCUCCUGAGCUUAAGCGAACCUAAGAAGCGUUUUUCAAACCCGUGGUCUGUACGCCACAAAAGAUGUUAGCUGCCAUUACCAUUUCCAGACUAACGCCACCAAAACGAGCUGUGAAAGACCGAAAAAAAAUGGCACCCAAGUUACAGAGACGUAGAAAUACAUUCAGAGCUGUAGACAGAGUUUAGCAAAGAAUCCUUCCCUGCUUUAGCGAACGUAGUUCAGCUCAAAACCGAGCAUGUAAAUAUAAAAUGUAUAUUCCACAAGUUCACUACGCCACAUGACAUUGUCGUCGGUUUGCCAAACAGAUGUGCAGACUGCGUAGGGCCGCGGUCGCGUCGUCGCGUGUCGCCUGAAACUAAGAGAGAGAUAAAGAUUGUCGUCUAUUUUGAUACCAGAGGAGACGUUUAUUUUUGUAACGAAGACACCCAGCAGCAAAGACUGAUUCCCUCCCCUCGCGACCCUGGUGAUCCUCAAUGUGACUGAGUAUCGAUCAGGCAGAUUUAAGUGUUGAUUAUUUGUCUAAACGUACAUACAUACAGAACGUAAAGGACCUUGACGAUAUGAACCUAAACUAUUGCAAGUUUGUCCGUAAACAUUCGGAUCUGAUUGUUAAUGUAGCCUGAGAACUGAGCUCGACGAAGGACGGAGAACCAAUGCUGUACUGUUUAUUUCCCAUCUCUCUCUCUUUUGGUACUAAUGUCUGUUAACCAGUCUGAAUGGAAAAUAAGAACCUGUUUGACUGGUGAAAUUAAUUUUAAAGAACAGCAUACAAAUCACAACAUUUGACUUCUGAAACUGAACAUAAAACAAUAAAUUUAAGUGUAUUCAAGAGCGUUUAAUGGCCUUGCAUUGUGUUUCAGAUCAAAACAAUGUGCUGGACCUGCAGACUGUGAAUUUUAAGCAAAGCAAAUCAUACAAAUCCAAAAUAACGAAAAAACAUCAGGAGACAUGAUGGGAUUUGUAGUUCCCCAUCAUGCAACUGUAUGUAUAAAUAAUUAACAGGAAAUGCAGCUGGGUUUUCGUCAUGAAAAUUUAGCUUUCCGAGAAUAAUAAUUGGUACUUUGUACUAAAUUGGUAAUUGUAAGAGUAAAAAGCAGUACUUGUGUUGGUGUUUCCAGUCGUACCAGUCAGUUCAUUUUCUCUCAGAAACCAGGAAGACAUUUUUAAGUUUUGCUUCCUAAUCUUUUCUCUCUCCUCGCAGUUUAUAACAAACACUAGUACUAAUUUGAACACUGGUAAAAUGGUGGAGCGCGUAUUUACUGUAACGUAUGAAGAUGCCUGCGUCUUGGCCAAUUUUCAGUGAAUGUUUUAAAUAAAGUCACUUCCUUUUGUGUUUUAUAAGCUUUAUUUUCAAGGGAUUUAAUUGAUUUUCAACUUUGCACUGUUUCAUUCUCUUAUUUUUUUUUUUAUAUGUGACUGCAAUUCUGCUGCCACGGUAGCGAAAGUGAACUGAACUCGACCCUCUGAAUCCGUUUCUCUUGUUCUAGUAGAGACUGAGGCUGCUGUGGCAUGUUGGUCCCCCACCUUUCCAUCGGUAUCGAACCCCAAACGCUGUUUAGUUACCAGCCGAAAUGUAAUCGAAAUGGCAUCGAAUGUCUGGUCAGAUUCGUAAAUUGUGUACGCACUCUUACAUCGACGUUUUCGGCUGUUUUUGUUUAGACGAACUUUUCUACGGCUGUGAUUAGACAAAAGUUUAACAUUUGAGAAGAGAUCGCGUAUCAGCUAGUGUCGAGAAACGUCAAACAAUACCCAGAAUGUAGGCCAAUGAUAAACCAGGCGAGUUAAGUAUUCCUGCUCUUCCUUCGUAACGAGUUCGUUAACGUACGGUAACGAAUUAGAAAGCCUGAUUCUCCUUUUGGAAACGUUUAUCGCUGUCGUCUUUAGAUAAAGUCGAAGGGAACUGGGAAAAACACCUGAACAAGUUUUUGUUUUUUAACUUUACGGGGCCGAAAGAGAGCUUCCUGCUUUGUAGGACGCGGACAGAUAACUUUUCAACUUCUUAUCUCUUAAAUAUAACUAGUAUCUCAUAAUUAUGGAUCUUGUAAUUACGAGAUACUAAAUCAUAAAUAUGAGAUUAAGAAAUCGUAAUUUUUUUUUUAAUUCAGUGGGCUUCAAUGGUAAUAACAGAUUUUGUGAAUCUCUUCCAAAAUCAGUUUGUCAAGAAGCUAACGCGUUAACGUCGGGACCCUCGUGUCGCUGCCAGUAAUGACGUCUGAUUGGUUCUUUGUUUCUUCCAGUGGCUGUUUCCCCCUGGAUGCUGUGUUUUGAUUGGUUGCUGAGCCUUUUUGUUGAUGCACUUUAAUUCUGUUUCUCUGGAAGCUUCUGGAAAAGUCUCUCCUUCCGCGAUUUUUACUUCUCUGUUUUCCCUCGCAGCCCUCCGCUGUUAAUUUUUAACACUUUCUGCUGCACUUCCGUUUUCUCUCGUCAUCUUUCCCGCUUCGUUUUUGUUUUUGUUUGCUUUCCGGUCGUUGUCUUUUCUCUCGUCUUCCCUCAACAUUUCUGUGUUGGGGAUUGUUUUUGUGAGAUGGUGUUUGGAUUGAAAAAGGAUCCGGAGAAAUGUUUUCUGGUCCCUAUUAAACUACAAAUCGUAUGGAUUUGUAGGCCGACUGCCAUAUAUUUUGCCAUAUUUUGUAAUUUGUGUUGUAGUUUCUAAUCUCUCUCUGCUGAAGCAGGUGAAUUCUGAGCCACGUAAUCCCGCUGGGAUUAUACGUUUUAAUCUAAAUUUCUGCGGAAACGUACAAAACUGACACGCAUCCUGCUUUAUAGGUGGAUUUGAAUACAUUGCAGCAGCUUUGCUAGUGUAGAAGAGGAAAUCAUCGGCAAAGAAAAGAGAGAAAAACGAAACUAAAAUUUCAGAUCCUUCCAGAGAGACGGCGAAAGUUGAGACGAUGCGUUAGUAGCCAUGUUAACCCCUCUGCUACCGUGACAACGGGGUGUGAAGUGGUGUUGUGUGUGUGUGUGUGUGUGUGUGUGUGUGUUUGUACAAUAUUAAAUGUUUUACAGAGCGUCUGUUUGUGCGGUUGUCCUGUGCACGCAAACGCAAAAAUACCUACAUACACACGUGUAAAUACGCCGUGACGCCAUGUUUGUUUCUGUGUUUCAGUUGUUGCACGUGUUCUGAUUCAGGACAGAAUUUAAAUAAAAUUUCAUCGCAAGUUUUUUGUUUUUAUUCCAA